AUGCAGUGUCCGCCGGCCGUCCGUCCGUCUAGACCGUCUCGGCACCCGACCGAAUUCCUCACCGCCUCCCUUCUCCCUCCUCUCAACGACUCCCGAGCUCCAUCUCCCACCUCCUCAAACCCGGGGCCCACAUGCGCCGGAAGGCCUUGCCGCUUCGGUCCUGGUGUGUCGGAGACCACUCCGGUACAAUGCCACGCGAGAGCCGUGAUUGGCGGGGUGGCCUUGGAACGGAACACCAGCACUGCAGUACGAGUUCGCCAAUCGCGCCUCAAGGCCCAGGCCACACAAGGUGGCUAUGUCCCGAGACAGAUUGUGGCUGAAGUUCCGAACUUGCCCACGACCAGCUGCUCGGGAGGCCUGCCUAUUGACGAAAAUCGAUUAUUUUCCAGCCUGUUGAGCCGAAUGCGACAACGUCUUCGGCCACAGCGUCGUGAUCCGGUGCGGCUCAGACAAAGCCUGGCCUGCUGCGCUCUCUUCCUCGCCAGGUCGCCCCUCGCUACUCGCAGUCGCAGUCGCAGCGCCAGAGGACGCGACAGCGACGGCGAACGUACUACGGUACCAGCCACACUUGGGGCCUCCCCUCCCCGCGGCGAUUAUUCAUUCUCCCCUCCCGUCCCACCCGAGCCGCCACUUCCCGGAUCCGAACAUGGCUCUGGUGGUUAG